AUGGCAGAAGGCGGAGAAAACUCCAAUCAGAACGACGGCGAUUUGGAUAUAGCGACGCGCAUAUCCUCGCUCUCGCUGAAGGCUAAAAGGUCGAUGGUGCUCUCACAGCUGAGAGCCAUCCACACGACCCUUACCCGAGAGAUUGCAGCGGAAGAAAUAGAGACCUUCCGGCCGUCCUUCAAUCGUUUAGACGUGCUGAGAGAACGCUUCGAGGAGUUCCAAGAUCAAAUAAUCUUGUUAAAUACCUCUCUGCCACCCGAGUCUGAGAUUGAGGUGGAAAUUCUGCAGGCUGAAUUUGACCGCCUCUUUGAUGAAGCCCAGCGCUCAUUCCUUCGGAAGACGCUGCCCGCCUUAGCAGGCGUUUCCACGCUUAACAAUACCUCUUUCUCCGUGUCUUCCAUCCGACUGCCAAAGUUAGAGCUCCCGAAAUUCAGCGGAGAUUUGGGCGCAUGGCGAACCUGGUAUAACCUUUAUAAGGCGUCGGUUCACACCAGCCCCUCACUCCUGGCAGUCCAGAAAUUUCAAUAUUUGCUCGGCAGCCUAAAAGGUGACCCUCUCGCACUCAUCACCGGGCUAGACAUCACAGAUGCCAAUUACGACGUCGCUUGGACGCUGCUCUGUGAACGCUAUCAUUCUGAGCGUCGCCACGUGUUCCAUCACUAUAAUGGCCUCCUAGACCUUCCUGAUGCCCAACGCUUCGAGCAAAUACCUGCGCUGAUCACCAAGAUCAGGGAACAUUCCCAAGCGCUCCAAGCCCUCGGUCACCCUCCAGACUCUUACAGUGGUCUGUUGAGCGCCCUAAUAAUGCGAAAAUUGUCCACUCGCCUGAAGCAAAGGCUAGAGGACUACCGAGGAGCUGAUCCCUCUUACCCCAAGCUCGACGAACUUCUUAGCUUCCUGGAGAAGGAACGUCGCAGCACCGAAGAUAGCCCUCCCAAUCGCAGAGAGGCUAAGGCUCUAGUUUCAUGCCAUGAGACUAAUGCCCAUCCCGCACCCCGCAAAAAUAGAGCCAAAGGCUCCAGAGCCAAGUCUCGCUCACCCAACGGCACCAAAAUUUUGGUAUCAUGCGAUGGGUCGUCUGAUAGCUCUGACUCCUCCUCUGAGCACGAGCAAGAGGAUAGAGACGAUCACA